GAGGAUGGAAGAAGAGCGGAGCGCCUGAGCAGCACACCCGGCCUCCUCUCCUCUCCUCUCCUUUCCUUUCCGCACCUCGCUCUCGUGGCCUGCCCGCCCUGACGCCUGCUCGCCCCCCCAGAACAUCUUCCACCAUGGCCACCUCGGCGAGUUCCCAAUUGAACAAAGGCAUCAAGCAGGUGUACAUGUCCCUGCCUCAGGGUGAUAAAGUCCAAGCUAUGUAUAUAUGGAUUGACGGUACGGGAGAAGGUCUGCGCUGUAAGACCUGGACCCUGGACAGUGAGCCCAAGUGUAUAGACGAAUUGCCGGAGUGGAAUUUUGAUGGCUCUAGUACUUUUCAGUCUGAAGGCUCCAACAGUGACAUGUAUCUCGUCCCUGCUGCCAUGUUUCGGGAUCCUUUCCGCAAGGACCCCAACAAGCUGGUGUUCUGUGAAGUCUUCAAGUACAACCGAAAGCCUGCAGAGACCAACUUCAGGCAUACCUGUAAACGCAUACUGGAUAUGGUGAGCAAUCAGCACCCCUGGUUUGGAAUAGAGCAGGAAUAUACUCUCAUGGGCACAGAUGGGCACCCUUUUGGUUGGCCUUCCAACGGCUUCCCUGGGCCUCAAGGUCCAUACUACUGUGGCGUGGGAACGGACAAAGCCUUCGGCAGGGAUAUCGUGGAGGCUCACUACCGGGCCUGCUUGUAUGCCGGCAUCAAGGUCGCGGGGACGAACGCCGAGGUCAUGCCUGCCCAGUGGGAAUUCCAGGUAGGACCCUGUGAAGGAAUCGACAUGGGAGAUCAUCUCUGGGCGGCCCGUUUCAUCCUGCAUCGAGUGUGUGAAGACUUUGGAGUGAUAGCAACCUUUGAUCCUAAGCCCAUUCCUGGGAACUGGAAUGGUGCUGGCAGCCACACCAACUUCAGCACCAAGGCCAUGCGAGAGGAGAACGGUCUGAAGUACAUUGAGGAGUCCAUCGAGAGACUGAGCAAGAGGCACCAGUACCACAUCCGAGCCUACGAUCCCAAGGGGGGCCUGGACAAUGCCCACCGCCUGACUGGAUUCCACGAGACCUCCAAUAUCAACGACUUUUCUGCCGGCGUGGCCAACCGGAGCGCCAGCAUCCGCAUUCCCCGGACUGUCGGCCAGGAGAAGAAGGGUUACUUUGAAGACCGUCGCCCUUCUGCCAACUGUGACCCCUUUGCGGUGACAGAAGCCCUCAUCCGCACAUGUCUUCUCAACGAAACUGGCGACGAGCCCUUCCAGUACAAAAACUAAGCGGACUAGCCUGGCAGCCAUGGAACCCCUUCUAAUUCCUCAUCCCACUCCCACUCUCACCCACUCUCGAUUGUCAUAAUAGCUGUAACUCUAAGGGCGGAAUAUCAAGGUCUUGUUCUUUUCCUCAUGCCCAGUUAAUAUCUCUUGCUUUCUUUGGCCAGGAUAGAGGGGUCAGGUUCUUAAUUUCUUCACACACACAUACACCCCUUUCCCCCCCCCAUCACUGAAGCUUUCUAGUGUGUUAGUGGGGAGGUGGGGUGGGGAAACAUAACCACUGCUUCCAUUUUAAUCAGGUGUGUUUGUCCAAUAGGCGUAGCUAUCCGGACAGUGAGCAUAGUAUUUGUGAAGGGAGGGGAAGGACUUUUUCUUCAGGUAGCUGAAGGGGAUGAGGGAGCUAGGCUUACUCCCGGGUGAGGUUAGAGGUCCCCUCUCAGUGGGAAGUUCCAGUUCUUAAAAGGUUAUAACCAGCUUUCUAAUAAAAGUGAGAAUUAGGAGAGAGGAAAGGGUGGGAGUCGGGCAGGCAGGAAAAUGCCCCUACCCUGGUGUGCUUCCCUUGCCUGGAGCUGAAUGCCCUCCCCUGAAGACAAGCUCAGCAUAAAGGGCUGGAAUGGAUAGCCCUACCUUAGAAGAAAAAGUUCUCAUUGCUUGGUUCUCCAUUUAUAACAAAGCAGAGUAGUAUUUUUAUAUUUAAAUGCAAAAACAAAAAAAUGAUAUAUAUGGGUGUGCAGAUAGGUGUGUUUUUUUCUAAAAGAGAAAAACCAUUCUGGUCACCAGGAGCCAAAUUUGAGGAGAGUUGUCUGAUUAGAAAUAAGGAUCUCCUUUUGAAAUGGGGGUGACGGUGGCGGUGCUUGAAAAGGUAGCUAUUUGGAGCUGUUACUCCCUCACUGCCACUUAAGGGUUUCUCUGUGCCCAGUCCACCCUUCUGGAGGGGGUGGACAUUGGUCAGUUAACAGGUGGAAGCACGUUAACAGCAGCAGUCACCCAAGCCCCGUGGCUUUGAUUUAAAAGGUACACGUAUUGUACACACAGGGGUGUAGAAAUAUGAGUUGGCUGGUCAACUUGAGCAUGUUAUUGACAAGAGGGUAUUGGGUUAUUUUCUGGUGGGACUAGCAUGUCACUAAAGCAGGCCUUUUGAUAUAUUAAAAAAAUUUUUUUAAAAGCAAAACAGGAUUUUAAUCAUAUUUGUAGGGAUUUUAAGUCUUUGUUUUACAGAAUUGCUUGUUUGCUUCAGCUGUCUCCUUCCCAUCUCUGCUCUUUGGGGAGAUGGGGACAGGACUGGAGUCAAAACACUUGUAAUUUUGUAUCCUGGUGUCUGUUCUGAGUGUGAAAUACUUUUUUCCUUUGUUAAGAUUUCCCGAGGAGUUAUUUUUUCUUUUAUA